AUGGCUGUGUCAAACCUAGGGAAACCAUUUCAUGAUUUUAUAACUGAAGUGGAAAAAUCACCUGAAUUUACUAACAACCAUCAUAAUUGCGAAUUAACAUUAAAUGAUAAUAAUGAGGCUUUAGGUUUACAUAAAAUUUUAGAAAUUAAGAUAAAAGACAAUGAUAGUGAAAAUACAACCGUUGGAACAAAUGAAGAAGCUUAUCAAGAUGGGACAAAACUAAACGACGACGAAAGCGUUUCAGAUGAUAUUCUUAAUGAAAAUAUCAAUCAAGAAAUAAUAAAUUAUGUUUAUGAAAAUUUGCUAGCAAAAGAAGUAAGCAAUGAGAGUUCAUCGGAUAAUUCAGACCCAAAUGACAAAGUUGUAAAAAAUUUAAGGGCAAAUUCAAAAAAAGGCCAAUUAAAUGAUAAUAAUAAAAAUAAUGAUUCAUCUAGCACAACAGUGGACGAAACUCAUGAAAAAAAACCUACUAUAAUAAAAAACGAUGAAGACAAACUUUCAUUACAAGCCCCCGUUUUAGUUGAAGGGAAAUGCUUCAUAUCAGAUGAUAACAUUUAUAUUGUUUCAGCAUUUAAUCAAAUACUAAAAAAUUCAUCGGUUGUUAGAGUAAUAUAUGAAUCACUCCUAUCAAUUAAAAAAUCACAAGAAUUAAAUAUAAUUCCUGAGUGGUUUAAAAUAAAACCAGAUGAAAACCAAUCAUUUGCGUUUACAACAUUAUUAGAUAAAGACGAUACACAUGAUUUGAUAUCAAAGAUGAUAGAAUAUGCAAUGGAUUCAAAACCAAAACUGGAAGCAAAUACUGUAACACACGAUAAAACACAAACAACAAAGCAAAAGACCAAUUUAGAUUCAAAUGACAUAGAAUCCUCUUCUGAAUUCUCGGAAAGAGUUUUAAUUACAAAGGAUGUUGAUGAAAUGAUAUCUAUGAAUUUAUAUCCCGAAGAAAUUGCAUUAUUAGAAGAAAACGAUUUUUUUAGUGAUUUACAUCAUGCAAUUAGUUUAUAUGUAAAUAAAGAUUUUAAAGAAGUUUAUAAAAGCAUAUUUGCGAAAAUUCAUCCAAGAAAUCCAUUUUAUGAUUUUUAUCAGCGAGUAGAUCAACAAGGUGCUGACUAUAGCAAGUUUGAUAUAUUACCUGAUCCUAUACAAGUUCCGUCUGCAUAUUCAGUUAAUUUAAAAUAUAAUGUAGGAUUGGAAAAAGCUAAAAAAAAAUUAAUCGUAUCUUUUGCAAUACCUUCAAGAGCAGAUAUUAAUGAAAAUGUUAAAUUAUUUUUUUUUGAUAAUUGUAUAAUUUUACAAACACAAGUUAACUUUGUAUCUAAAUAUCAAUUUCUUCAAUCUUUUCGCGCUGUCAUAACCGCUAUUAUACACGAUGUUCCUAGUGAAGACGGUAGCGGAAAAAAUACUACACAGAUAGACAUGUUAUAUGGCGCAUAUUUUUUGGAUUCAUCAUUCUUCAAAGGUAUAAUAAAGAAAGCCGUUUUACCAUUAUUGAAAUUUAUUUGUACAAGGUUUCAGAGAUGCAUAAGUGAAUGUUUAAGGGACGUAUAUAAGGACAAGGCUUUUCAUGAAAGAGGAAUCGAAGCUAAAGAUAUAAACGCUAUUUUUAGAAAGUACUAUAAUAGUAACGGUGUCAUUAGUAACGGUCCUAGUAGUAGAAAUACCAUUAGUAUAGAAAGUGAUAUUCUCAAUCCCGGUAAUCGUCUUAUAAUUAAUGAAAGAUCCAAAAAUUCUGAUGCUAAAAAUAAGACACUAACUGGAUUCAAAAAUCAGAUAGCAAAUCCCCAAAAUAAUAAAACACUUAUAAAAAUGAAACACUUUGAAAAUAUCCUAACCAAAUACUUAAACGAAGCGAUGGAUAUGAAUCUCAUGGUAACUCCUUCCGACAAAACCCCCGCCUUUUCCGCCAAGUCCAUAGCAAUAUUGAUGUACAUUUAUAUGAACUUUAUUCAAAGUCUAAAACAAUAA